CACCGUCGGCCAUCACUUGUCUGACUCGAAUCUUUUCGCGGUCACCGAUCACUUUACGCCACCGCCGACCAACCUGCGGACCGCUAUCGCCGCGCACUCAUUUAAAUCGCACCGGCGAACGUCCCCGGUCACGCCGCAGCAACUCUCCGAGCUCCACGUUACACGGUACGCCCGGACGAACGUAUAUAGCGGUCAGGUCCGCGAACGCGGUGCAUCGCUGUUAACGGACCGGUCCACCACUGUCCGGCGGAAGUCGCGCGGUUUCUAACCAGGAAACGACCAGAGGACCCGUUCGCUCGACAUGCGUACCCUGUUGCUGUUGGCCGUGUUCAUGUUGUGCGCGUGCAUCGUCACCGCUCAGGUGAACUUUACGCCGACGUGGGGCCAGGGCAAGAGGAACGCGCCGGCAUCCGUGCAGGCCACGGACGAGUGCAAGUCAAUGGAUACGCUCAUUUACAUCUACAAGCUGGUCCAGAACGAAGCCCAACGGAUCGCGAUGUGCGAACGGAUGUCCACGUCUUGAACAUAUGCGACGGAUGGAGAUCGACGACCAUAUUAACAUGAUGGGCCGACCGUCGAUCGCCCAACAUGCACAACUAUGACGAGAUCCACGUAUAAUAUAUCUAUAUUCUAUUCGUGUUACAUUUUAUUUAUUUAAUUAUUAUUUUUUUUUUCGAUAAUAGUCGCAAUUAAAUUAUAUCAAUUACACACGUACACGUUCUACUUUAAAAUUAUGUACACACCGAACAUCCACGGUUGAGUGUUUGAUUUCCAUAUUCGUUUUAUUUAGAUAAUAUUUAGUUGUAUUCAUUAACAUUAUUAUUAUUAUACGCAUUUGCUUUCUCGAUUCAAACCAUCUCGUUUAUAAUUACACAUCGCUAUAGUACGUUUUAUUGACUUUAAUAAAAUAUAAUGCAAGCAACA